AUGGCAUUCGAAAACUUCGGUUUUAACUCAAUACCGUCCUUGCUUGAAACUAUUCAGCAACACAUUGUUGAAAUUGAUGCGAAAAACGAAGAGCUUGAAGAAAAGAUAUCGGAGUUUGAGCAACGCGCCAGAAUGGAUGUACCGAAUAACCAAGAAACACCGGAAAACAUGCAGCAAAAUCAGUCGGAUGGUAGUGAUUCGGAUGAAGAAAUUGAAGAAUUCCUGCAUGAGUUGUACGCAUUUAACGGCGAAACGGGGCCGAGCGGACUAUCACCAGCGGAUGCAGCGAAUGCAACGAAUGCAGCGGAAGCAGCGGAUGCAGUGGAUGCAGCUAAUGCAGCGGAUGCACAAAAUCAUCAGUAG